UGACUAUAUUCAAUUUCCACACCGUCAAACUUAAAAAGGUGUUUACAGUGUGAAAAGUGUUUAAACCUAUUUCAGUAUAUAUAUACAAUUUAUUACUAUAACCGAUAAUAAGUCAGAAGUUUAUUUGAAACUAUGAUACUUGUGAAAUUUGCUUUCUAUCUUGCCAUCGUAGUUUCAUGCCUGACGACUGUUGAUGGAAAUGACAUUAACAACUUGGCUCCCUCGGACGUUAACGCACAAUAUCUGAUUGAUUUAGGAAUAAAAACAAAUGAUGAAAAGCUACAAGCAGUAGGACUUGCCAUGAAAAACAUUCAUAACUCCGAUCCUUGUAAUGAAUGGACAAGAUGGUCAAUUUGUUCAGCGAAUAUUUCCCGGUAUUUUGGUAUAAAACAGCGGUCCAGAAAGUGUAGCAAUGAGACAGAAUUAAGCUUGUGCAGAAACCGAUGCCCUGAUUCGUAUCAAACGACGAAGCUCGGAUAUUGCAUCAAAAAACAUCUAUCCAAGAUAUCACAUUCUGAAGCAGAAAAGCAAUGCAAGGUAGAAGGUGGAUAUUUGGUUCGCAUUGACUCUAAGUUGAAAUUCGAAGACAUUAUUAACACUGGUUUCAAUAUGUUUAACUCGUUUAUCUCCAUCGGUGGUCAUCGAAAAAGCAUACAUUCUCCGUGGCUUCUUGAGGACGGAUCUGAAAUCAAAUUCUUCAAGUGGGCCAGUGGGGAGCCGGACAAUGGAAUCACAAAGUUGUGUUUAUGCAUGGACAAUGCUAAUGGACAGAUGCAUGACAUUGCUUGCAAUUAUGAAAACAAUUUCAUUUGCGAAAUCACUGUGUAAAAUUUAUUACUUUGAGAUAAUAACUUAUUAAUUGAACGAACCGAUUUAUUUUGUAAGUUAAGUAUCUUAAACAAGUGUGUGAAAGAGAAAGCGGAUAUCAUUUUUAUAACCAUUUUGUAAAAUGAGUCACUGUGUACUUCAAAAACAGUUUAAAAGCCUUUUAUAGACAAUCAUUCGUUAUCAUUUGACAUUUAUAUACGAAGUCUGUUCGACAGAUUCGUGGAAUUUUAUGGUAGACAUAUUAUAGGUAAAACGAUUCAAUAGAAUUUUUCACAAUACAUAAAACAAUACUUUUGAAUUAGGGUCAAAUAUCAAAACAUUAAUAGUUAACACCAUAAAACAUACAUUGCCGAAUGUUAUCGAAUUGCCCUCGUGUACUACUUUUGAUGAUACAGUUUUAAAUAACAUCACAAAUAAAAUUGUAAUCAAACUGGA